AUGGGACAGUUUCCCCACCACAGUUGCUGCCAAAAUGCCAUCAACUUCUUCACACAGGCAUUAGCCAAGCAAGCAAUUCAACAAGGGAACCUCUUCCUCCAUAAAGAUCAAUGGGGACGUUGUGCCUCUGGAUCCUUUGAGCACCAGCCCUCUGUUUCCAUCGAUAAAUGUGGACUUAAUUCCCUCUAUCAACAAAGCAGCCAAUGUUCUAUCCUUUCUAUGACAAGUAUUGUGCAGGAUCACAAUUUUAAGGAUGUCAGGGAUAACUGUUCAAGUUUCACUUUCUCCAACUUAGACCAUGCUUGCAAGGAUUGCACGAGUUCCAUCAAGUCUGCGAGGGAUCAUUUCCUCAAUCAGUUUAAUGCGAAAGAUAAUGAAACAGAGAGAGCUAUUUGUCUUGUGGCUGUUGUCAUUUCAGUUACUACCACAAAAUUAAACGAUCCCUCUUUAAUCGACGAUUUCUUCAGAUUUUUGCCAGGGCUGAAUACUUUAGAUAAGUCAAGUGAAGAGUACAUUAAAAUCAAAUGUAAGUAUGAGAUUUCGACAAAAUCUUUGGCGAAAGCAUUGGUUGCAAUUGUUUUAGCAACAUUUGUGAUGAUGAUGGCGAUAUUUCUUGUUAAGUAUGUAACAAGAAAUGCUAGGGCUGGACGAAAGCUUCUUCUUUCGAAGCCAAAGAUGUUUGCUUCUUGUUCAGGGCUAUAUACUUUCUCAAAAGCUGAGAUUGAGAAUGUGAUAAAUUAUAUGGAUGAGAAGAAAUUCCUGGGACGCGGUAGUGCAGGGAAAGUUUUCAAAGGAGUUCUUCCCAGUGGACAAGUAGUUGCUAUCAAGCAGAUAUAUAGAAGUAACACAUCCGAUUCUUUCAAUAGAGAACUCGAGAAUCUUUCCAGAGUCAUACAUCCUAAUCUUGUUUGCCUCUUUGGGUGUUGCAUUGAAAAUGGUGAACAAUAUUUAGUCUACGAGUAUUGCUCUGCUGGAAAUCUAGCUCAACAUCUUCUGAGGAAAGAGAGUCUUAAGUUGGGAACAAAGGGUAAAAAUCUUAGAGAUUGUGCACUUGCAUUGGGGUAUCUCCACUGCUACAUAGAUGGAUUCAUUGUUCAUAGAGAUAUUAAGCUUACAAAUAUCCUUUUAACAGAGGAUUUGGAAGCAAAGCUAUCAGAUUUUGGGCUGGCAAAGAUGUUGGGAAUGGAAGAGAGCAAAGUGUUCACAGAUGUACGAGGGACGAUAGGUUAUAUGGAUCCAGAAUAUAUGAGUAACGCGAAGUUGACCUGUGCAAGUGACGUUUACAGCUUUGGUAUAGUAGCUUUACAGGUUCUUUCAGGCCAGAAAGUGAUUGAACUUGAUUUGGAUGCCAGAGACCAACUAACAAGAAAAGCAAAGGAUGUGAGCAUGGGUAAACGUGAACUAAAAGACUUUGAGGACCCGCAACUAAAAGGUGAAGUAAACAGUGUGGAUUUCGAGUCCAUACUUCAAAUUGCAGUGCUCUGUGUUGCCAAAUCAAGCAAAGGUCGUCCAACUAUAGAGGUUGUCAUUGAGGAGAUUGAGAAAGUCUUGAAAAACACAUUGUCCGAUAAGAAAGCCGCGGAGCAAAGUGCAUUACCUGUAUUAAGGAGAUCACAUUCAGUUGGUCAGUCAUUCCUGUCUGAAACUUAACAUCAAAGUAUCUUUGAUUUUGAAUGCUUAGUUAUUCUGUUGGG